GGAAAAAUAUUACAUGUGCUAUACCAAAUUGAGAGUUUAGUAUUCGACCCAAAUCUCAUUUCGAGCGAACCAGUGGACAUGACAGUUUUCCGUAUCUAACAUGCAUUAUGUACAGGGUAGCUUGGUUUUGUUACUAAUUUCAUGCCUGCUGAUAGAAAAUACUCGAUGUAUUGCAGAAAAAGAGUACGCAAAACAAUUUAUCCCAAGAGAAAGUUCUUAUUUUAAUGAGGAUCAUUGCCAAAGCGAUAAGGCUAUAACAAAACGACUAAAUGGUGUUAGGAAACUUAUGCGAGAAAACCAUGUUGAUGCCUACAUAAUAUGUAACGAAAAUGAAAAUCUGGGCAAGUUAAAUCCCUACGACAAACGACUAGAAGCUAUUUCUGGAUACUCCGGAAAAAUAGGUACCGCAGUGGUGACGCUGGACAAGGCAGCGUUAUGGACUGACGGCCGGACAUUCCAGAAAGCCAUUGAUAAUGUAGACUGUGGGUGGACAGUUUACAGAAGAGGAGGAAAAGAUGCAACUUCUGUAGCUGACUGGAUUCAUGACGACACAGAAAACGUCAUUUCCGUUGGAGCAUGCCCAUAUCUGAUCAGCUCAGUUUGGUGGAACAACUUCCAAAGGGUUUUUGAAGAGAAAGGUACAACUUUCGUUCCUCUUUAUAAAGACCUCAUAGAUUUAGUUUGGACAGAAGACCGGCCGCCUCUGCCAUCUUCACCUAUUCACAUUCUACCACUUCAACUUGCAGGCGAAUCUUGGCAAAUGAAAAUAAAAAGGACAUUGCAUGAAAUGGAAGACAAGGAUAUCGAUGUUCUGGUUUUGACUAAUCUGGAUGAAAUUGCCUGGCUUUUUAACCUCAGGGCAAGGGAUUUUGCCUUUGAUCCCUAUUUCAUAUCGUUUUGUGUGAUAAGUGCCACAAGGGGCGUUAUAAGUCUUUACAUCAUGGAUGCUGAGAAGAAGCUGAAAGACAAAAGUGAUUUCGAAGGUCAAAGACUGCACGAAUUUCUAAAGACAUCUAUCACCGGUAGUUGUGAUCAUCUGAAAUGUUCUGUGAAUACACAGAUGUAUACAGAUGAUAAUACAGUAACUUGUAAGAAAGAUAGUGAAGACUUAAAGGAGAUCAGUCAUACGGCUUAUUGUGUAGAUGUAAAAGAAUACGACCCGAUUACGUUCAAAGAUGAUGUUGGAAAAUUAUCACGUGAUCAGCGUGUUCGAAAAGUUUCGGUUUCGUGGACCUGCAGUCAAUCAUUUGUUGAGGAAAUUCCUCAGGAAAAACUUGUAAUGGAGUAUUCACCCCCUUUGACCUUCAAGGCAGCAAAAAAUAGAGCGGAGUCUGAGGGAAUGAAAACCUCUACGUUGCGAGAAUCUGUUUUCUUAACAACAUACUUUGCCGAAUUAGAGGAAAGGAUUAGAAAUGGCGAAAUUUUAAACGUCCAAGGUAUUGAGGCUGAGGCAAAGGAAUUACGAAAGAAAGAAUUGUUCUAUAAAGGUCCUGGUGGAAUUUCUUUGAUUGGUUUCGGUUCAACAGCUCUACCUAUGAUUCCAGAAAUUACCGAUGACAUCAUAACACAGAAUGGUGUUUUCCUGUUUGAUAUGGGCGUGCAAUAUCUGGAUGGAACCACCGAUACAGCACGGUCUUUUGUGUAUGGGACACCCAGCGAGAGACAAAAGGAUAUUUACACACGCUUGUUGAUGACGCAAAUCAACUUAGCAAGAAAGACUUUCGCUGUGGGAAGUACAGGUCGCGAUUUAGAUACACCCGAUAUACGAGAACCUCUGCAUCAAAUAAAUGUAGAUUUUCCACAUGAAAUAGGACACAUGGUAGCGGCUUAUGGAGCUAUCAUCGAAGGACCAGCGUCGAUUUCCAACAUUUCCGCGACCUGGAAAAGUGACGUGCCCAUGGACAAACACAUUUUUGAUUGCAAAGAUUGCAAGAAGCCGAAAAUAUUAAUCUCGACACCUGAUUGGCGUGAUUAUAAAUUGGAAGAAGGCAUGGUUUUCUCAAAUGAGCCAAGUUUUUACGGUAAAGGAGAAUUUGGCAUGCGAGUUGAGAACACAAUGCUUAUCAUUAGAGGAAAUUGUAACAAACCCUGUUACAGGUUUGAACAGCUGGUGUUUGUGCCGUAUGAAUCUAAUCUUAUUAAACCAGAGUUAUUAACGGCUGAUCAGAUAUCUUGGUUAAAAGACUACUAUAAAAUGGUGGAUGAAUUGGUUACUCCUCAAUUGGAAGCAAAGAACAUCUCAAAAGCCGUAAAAUGGCUAAAAGACAGAAUAAAUGUGGAUUUUCUCUUGUGAUAACUGUAAGGCUAUUUAUUAACAUUGCUGGCUUAUAAUAUAUGUACAUUGAUCCUCUAUGAUAUCGCGUAAAAUCCAUCUUUCAGAAAAUAAAAGUUUUUAGACAAAA